AUGCUCCGUCACGUUCCCGACAAGGACGCCUGGCGUCGUAUGCGCUUGAACGCGACCGUGCUGCACCUGAAGUUCCUGAUACGUCGCGUGACAGCCAUGAAUCGCCUUGACAAUCUGACCGGUUACUUCGACGACAUGAACAUCACCGUCGAGGACCUGGACUACGUGAACAACUUCACCAUCGGCACCACGACGCUGUUGAAGACGUCCAGCAACCAUACGUCCUGCUACUGCAACGGUACCGUGAAAGACCUGGCGGUCGAGUACAAAAGUUACCACGGUUACGUGGCGUUGGUGGUAUGUCUGUUCGGCACGUUGGCCAACAUGUUGAACAUCGUCGUUCUGACGCGAAAGGACAUGGUCGCCACCCCCAUAAACCAAAUCCUCACCGGUCUGGCCACCACGGACAUGCUCGUGAUGCUCGAGUACAUACCGUUCGCGAUCUACAAGUACAUCGUGCUGCCAAAGAGGCAGAUAUUUCCUUACGGAUGCGCUGUGUUCGUUCUCUUCCACAUGCACUUCGCGCAGCUCUUGCACACAAUCAGCAUCGCUAUCACGCUCACGUUGGCCGUUUGGAGGUACAUCGCCAUCAGGUUUCCACAGUAUAGUCAUGCAUGGUGCACGACGUCACGUUGCAGAAUAGCCCUCUGCUGCAGCUUCGUGGUACCCUUCAUCGCGUGUGCGCCUAGCUACCUGGUAUUUGGCAUAAGGAAGAAGAUGUUGAGCGACAACGGGACCGUCGAAAUCGCUUACAUCGUCGACACCGACUACACUCCGUACACGGAUUUCUUCUUCCAGUUGAAUUUCUGGGUGUUGGGGGUGGUCGUGAAGCUAUUGCCGUGUGGCAUUCUCACCGUUAUUAGCUGCUGGCUGAUAAAAGCUCUUUACAGAGCGAAAGGCAGAAAGCAAGCGCUGAAGAACUACAAUCAGUGCAAAGCGUCGAGCACGUUGGGCAACGGAGUGGUCCAACAAAAGCCCAGCAAGUCCGAGAAACGAGCGGACAGAACAACCAAGAUGCUUGUGGCCGUGUUGCUGCUGUUCCUGGUUACAGAGAUACCCCAAGGCGUUCUGGGGUUAUUGUCCGGCGUGCUGGGCGAUUGUUUCUUCCGCAACUGUUAUCACAACUUCGGCGAGGUGAUGGACAUCCUGGCGCUGUUGAACGGCGCCAUCAACUUCAUCCUCUACUGUUCGAUGUCCCGACAGUUUCGAACCACUUUCGGGCAGUUGUUCAAGCCGAGGAUCAUGAAGAAAUGGCAACCAGCCACGCAACAGACCGACGUCCAGAGCACUUACGUAUGA